CAUCUUCCGAUUCUCUCUCUCUCUCUUCACCUUUCACUGUUUUUUUUCUCUCUUUUCUCUGUCUCCCCACCGGAGCCAACAUUCGUCGCCGGAAUUUCACUUCGGAAACCGCUUUCCGCCGCGAGCCACGGCGACCCUUUAGAGAGCCCUGUUCAGCCGGUUCGAAAAGUUGGUUUUUUCCCGGUUCAGAAAACCGGGGUAGUCUUUGACUUGAAACGGUGAGUGAGUUUCGGGGAUUUUUUUGGGUUCUGCGAAGAGGGGCAGAUCCAGGAAGGUUCUAGAGCGAGAAUAGGAAGUGGGUUUCUCUGGUUUUUGAGAGAGAGAGAGGUUUUGGUUUGAUUUGAGGGUGAAUGGUUGUGGAGAGAAGAAGAGGUUGGAGUUUUCUAUGAUGACCGGAGCUCCGGCGAGUGAUCGGAGAGGGUGGUGGCGCGUCGGCGAAUCUCUCACAUGGAAUGGCAGAUCUUGCUAGCUACGGGAAUGCCAACCGUGACAUUGAACACGCAUUGAUUGCUUUGAAAAAGGGUGCUCAACUUCUUAAAUAUGGUCGUAAAGGAAAGCCCAAGUUUUGUCCAUUUAGACUUUCCAAUGAUGAGUCAUCAUUAAUCUGGAUUACAAGUAGCGGAGAAAGAAACCUGAAGCUAUCUUCUGUCUCUAGAAUUAUUCCCGGACAAAGAACUGCUGUUUUCCAACGUUAUUUGCGUCCUGAGAAAGACUAUUUGUCUUUUUCACUUAUUUACAGUAACGGAAAGCGAUCGCUUGAUUUGAUUUGUAAAGACAAAGUUGAGGCAGAAGUGUGGAUUGCAGGCCUCAAAGCACUGAUAUUUUCUGGUCAAGGUGGUCGGUCCAAAAUUGAUGGAUGGAGUGAAGGGGGCCUCAUUCUUGAUGAUAGCAGAGACAUAACGUCAAGUCCAAGUGAAAGUUCUGCUAGCACAUCACUAGGCAUCAGUUCUCCUGAAAUUUCUGCAAGUCUUCCAAACACUUCACCAAAGUCGUUCAGACCUGACAAAACAACUUCUGAAAGGUCACAUGUGCCACCAGACCCAACAAACAUGCAAGUGAAAGGAUCUGGUUCAGAUGCUUUUCGUGUCAGUGUUUCAAGUGCCCCCAGUACAUCUAGCCAUGGGUCUGCACCGGAUGACUAUGAUGCUUUGGGGGAUGUAUACAUAUGGGGGGAGGUUAUCUGUGAAAAUGUUAAAGUUGGUGCCGAUAAAAAUGUCAAUUAUUUCAGCCCAAGGGCAGAUGUACUUCUCCCCAGACCACUGGAAUCCAAUGUAGUUUUAGAUGUGCAUCAUAUAGCAUGUGGUGUUAGACAUGCUUCUCUUGUCACUAGGCAAGGUGAAGUUUUUACAUGGGGCGAAGAAUUGGGAGGACGUCUCGGCCAUGGAGUUGGGAAGAAUGUGGUUCAACCUUGUCUUGUUGAAGCGUUGACUACUACGACUGUUGAUUUUGUUGCCUGUGGGGAGUUCCAUUCCUGUGCUGUUACAAUGGCUGGGGAACUAUUUACAUGGGGUGAUGGUACUCAUUAUGCUGGGCUUCUUGGUCAUGGCAGAGAUGUAAGUCAUUGGAUACCAAAGAGAAUUGCAGGUCCAUUAGAGGGACUUCAAAUUGCAUUUGUUGCUUGUGGUCCAUGGCACACAGCCUUGAUAACUUCAACAGGGCAGCUGUUCACUUUUGGUGAUGGAACAUUCGGCGUCUUGGGCCAUGGAAAUAGGGAAAAUGUUCCAUAUCCUAGAGAAGUGGAAUCCUUAUCAGGAUUGAAAACAAUAGCUGUUGCAUGUGGAGUGUGGCAUACUGCAGCUAUUGUAGAGGUUAUUGCAACGCACUCUGGUACAAGUGUGUCAUCAGGUAAAUUGUUUACAUGGGGCGAUGGAGACAAAAAUCGCCUUGGACACGGGGACAAGGAGGCACGUCUUAAACCUACUUGUGUGCCUGCACUUAUUGAUUACAAUUUUCAUAAAAUUGCUUGUGGGCACAGUUUGACGGCAGGCUUGACGACAUCUGGACGUGUUUUUACUAUGGGAAGUACUGUAUAUGGUCAGCUCGGGAAUCCUCAGUCUGAUGGAAAGCUUCCCUGCUUGGUUGGGGAGAAGAUUGCUGGGGAACCUGUUGAAGAAAUUGCAUGUGGUGCAUAUCAUGUUGCUGUAUUAACUUCCAAAAAUGAAGUUUAUACUUGGGGAAAAGGUGCAAAUGGGAGACUGGGUCAUGGUGAUAUUGAAGAUCGAAAAACACCAUCUUUGGUUGAAGCAUUGAAGGACAGACAUGUGAAAUACAUUGCAUGUGGUUCAAACUACUCUGCUGCCAUAUGCCUUCAUAGGUGGGUAUCUGGUGCUGAGCAGUCUCAGUGCUCUACUUGUAGACAGGCGUUUGGCUUCACUAGAAAGAGGCACAAUUGUUACAACUGUGGACUUGUCCACUGCCAUUCAUGCAGUUCAAGGAAAGCAUUAAGAGCAGCACUAGCUCCUAAUCCUGGCAAGCCAUAUCGUGUGUGUGAUUCUUGUUAUGCGAAACUGAACAAGGUUGCAGAAGCUAGCAAUAAUAAUAGAAGGAAUUCCUUGCCUCGUUUGUCGGGUGAAAACAAGGAUAGGCUAGACAAGUCUGACUUAAGAUUGUCCAAGGCAUUAAUUCCUUCUAACAUGGAUUUGAUAAAGCAACUAGAUAGUAAGGCAGCCAAGCAAGGAAAGAAAGCUGAUACAUUCUCGCUCGUUCGCACCUCACAACCACCUUUGCUACAGCUGAAAGAUGUUGUCUUGUCCACUGCUCUUGAUCUGAGACGAACAGUUCCGAGACCAGUGGUUGCACCAUCAGGAGUAAGUUCCAGAUCUGUAUCCCCUUUCUCUAGGAGACCAAGCCCUCCUCGGUCAGCCACACCUAUUCCAACAACUUCAGGACUUUCCUUCUCCAAAAGUAUUGCUGACAGUUUGAAGAAAACAAAUGAACUUUUAAAUCAAGAAGUGCAGAAGUUACAUGCUCAGGUCGAGAGCCUGAGACAGAGAUGUGAACUGCAAGAGUUAGAGCUUCAAAGGUCAGCAAAAAAGACUCAAGAAGCCAUGGCACUGGCUGCUGAGGAAUCUGCUAAAUCUAAAGCUGCAAAAGAAGUUAUAAAGUCACUCACAGCACAGCUCAAAGAUCUGGCUGAGAAGCUUCCUCCUGGAGUUUAUGAUACCGAGAACAUUAGACCAGCUUACCUACCAAAUGGUCUUGAGCCAAAUGGCAUCCACUAUCCUGAUUCAAAUGGGGAGCCGCAAUCCCGGGCAGAGUCAAUCAGUGGCUCUAGUUUGGCCUCCAUGGCCCUUGAAUCCUCCCAAUUGAAUAGAAGUGCAGGGAAUUCGCCAGGAACUUAUGGAACUAAUCUUCACCAGCAAAUCCGGAGCCCCAUGACUUCGAACGGGACCAACAGUUAUCCAGAUGUUAAAUUGCCAAAUGGUGGUGGUGUCAUUCAGGCAAGCAGCGGUAGCGUGUCUGACACUGUUGAUGGCAGGGAUUCUGGAAAUUUCCAUGACGAUGAGAGUGGUUUGAAAUCAAGGAAUGCUGCACCAGCUGCUAUUAGUAAUCAAAUUGAGGCAGAAUGGAUUGAACAGUAUGAACCUGGUGUCUACAUAACACUCGUGGCACUGCGUGAUGGAACAAGAGAUCUGAAGCGAGUGCGCUUCAGCCGAAGGAGAUUCGGAGAGCACCAAGCAGAAACAUGGUGGUCGGAGAAUCGGGAUAAGGUAUAUGAUAGAUACAAUGUUCGUAGCACAGACAAGUCUUCCAACCAAGGGGCACGUAGUUCAGGGGGUGCUGGUUCGCCUGCUUCCCAAACUUAGGAGAAGUAGGGGAAGGGAAAUUCUCCAUUAACACAUUUUGUCACAUGAGCAACCUUGUAGGGAAGCAAGAAUGCAUAUGGAGUAACCAAGCAUCCUUGUUUGUUGGUGGUUCUUAUGUCUAUCCUUAUUCUCUUCUCAAUCUUCAUUUUCCCCUUUAAUAUAUCUUAAAUUAAUUGUCUUCCAUUUAAUUUGGGCAUAUGCCCUUCACAUGUUGUAGUGUAGUGUAUAUAAAAUCAUCAGUUCUGAUCAUUUUGGCCAAGGAACCACCCCUACCAAUUUAACCUAAAUUUUUCUUUGCUUGUUCA